AGCGAGAGGAUGUGUGUGCAGACUCCCCUCUUCUCCAGGAUCACUGCUCUUUAUGAAUCAUUUUUAAUCCGUAUUUCAAAGCUUUGAUUCAGGAUUAAAUCAUAUGGAAUAACGGAAAAUGUCACCCAUACGAAGCUGACGUUUAUUUUUUUAAGCCGUUUUUACCGGCACCUUUUUCUUCUUCUUCAAAAGAGAGGCUAGAUUUUACCCCCAUGUUCCUUCGCCAGCUGAGCUCCGCCGGCCCGUCCUUCCUCCCCCGCAGACCUGCCCCUCUCUGCAGGGCUGGCUUGAGGAGCAUCAGCUCCUCCUCCUCUUCCUCCUCCUACGUCCACUCGUUCAUCCCCGCUCCUCCACCAUGGUGGUCGGUGCCGGGAUUCCCCCCCCGGCCUCCUCCACACUCGGCAGCCCGGCAGUUCUUCUCCUGCAGGACGCUCCCCCCCCAGAGCUUCGGAGGUAGCUGCUCCUUCUCCACCUCCGCCGGCCUCCUGAUGGAGCACUCCGACCGAGAGCCUCCUCACAAAAGGAAGAAGGGUGGGGAGGAGAGGAAGGGCGCAGAGGAGAGGGAACCGAAAGGAGGGUCGAGCCGGGAUCGAGGCUCCAAAUAUCACCCAGACUCCCACAGAGACCCUCGACCCGACCACCGCUCCAGAGACGGAGACCGAGGGGCGAGCUGGGAGAACAGCCGGGAUAAAGACGUAGAACGGACUAAAAGUUGGAGUAAAGACCAACAGAGGAAGGAUGAAACCUCGACCCAGAGGAGGAGUCAGUCAGGAGGACAGCAUGAAGGCUGCAGGACUCCCACUGCCCCCAAGUCCAAACCUGAACAGGAUUCCAGACCCAGAACCAACCCCUGGUUCAAAGACAGGGCAGCUGAGGGGCAGGGAGGGAGGAGUGAGGGGAGUAAAAAGCCUCCACCUCCCCCAGAGGGACAGAAAAAGGACAGAGGGAGCAAUGGAGAGCAGAGAAAGGAGGCUCAGUCCCAGCAGCAUCCCAGCACCACGGCCCCAAACCAGUGGCCGGGGAAACCAGUGAGACCUCUGCAGAGACACUGGGAGGCGUCCCCUGCCUGCAGUACCACCCCUCCUCCACCAGGAGACAGCAAAGCGUUUGACUUCUCUGUGAUGUCCUACAACAUCCUGUCCCAGGAGCUGCUGCAGGACAACGCCUACCUGUACCGACACUGCCCCCCCGCCGUGCUGCCCUGGGAGUACCGGCUGCCCAACCUGCUGGCAGAGAUCCGGCAGCAGGACGCUGACAUCCUGUGCCUUCAAGAAGUCCAGGAGGACCAUUACGAAAAGCAGAUUAAACCGGCUCUACAGGCACUGGGUUACCAGUGUGAGUACAAGAAGCGAACAGGAAGUAAACCCGACGGUUGCGCCGUCAUCUUCAAAUCCUCCCGCCUCUCGCUCCUCUCGUCCAAUCCCGUCGAGUACUUCCGCAGCGGCGACGCCCUCCUGGACCGGGACAACGUGGGAUUGGUGGUUCUGCUGCGACCCAACGACAGCGGCAUCCAAUCGGAUCCCUCCGCCUUCGUGUGCGUGGCCAACACCCACCUGCUCUACAACCCCCGCCGCGGGGACAUCAAGCUGGCCCAGCUGGCCAUCCUGUUGGCCGAGAUAAACCGGCUGUCCCGCCUCCCGGACGGAUCGACCAAUCCCGUGGUGCUGUGUGGGGAUUUCAACUCCACGCCGCGGAGCCCGCUCUACAGCUUCCUGACCGCCGGCCGCCUGGAGUACAAUGGCCUCCAGAGCAGCAUGGUGUCGGGUCAGGAGAGCAGCCCCCGGGGUCAGCGUCUCCUCACCUCCCCCCUCUGGUCUCACACCCUGGGGAUCAGCCACCAGUGUCGGUACGAGACCGCCCCCCCCACUGACUCCUCCCCCAGCAGCCCCACAGCAGUGGAAGGAGCGAUCUCCACCCUGACUGUAGAAGACCUCGCCACCAAAGCUGCGUACGCUUUACACCGACCGAGGAUCGAGCACGGUCUGAAUUUGCGGUCGUCGUAUGGUCACCGCUUGAAGGAUGGCCGACCCGAGAUCACCACCUGUCACUCACGCACCGCCACGAACGUGGACUACAUCCUGUACACCCCCGAACUCGUCACACCUCCUUCACUUCCUGGUGGGCGGGGCUUGACGUUGCUCGGCAGGCUGUCAUUAGUCGGCCAUUCGGAGCUGGAGGAAGUCAACGGGCUGCCCAAUCAGAAUCACUCGUCUGAUCACCUCCCUAUCUUUGCUCGCUUCCGCCUCCAGCGCUGAGGAGGGUGGUGUGGUGGGUUCGCUCCUGUCAUGCCUUCAAGUGCAGCUCAGGGCAGAUGUGGACUGAAGUUAAAGAACAGAAUGAAGUGCUGCGAGAAAGGAGACGGCAAACUGACCCGAUUAAAUACUCUCUAAGCUCUGUUACUAAUCCGAUGUGUGUGUGCAGGGUGGUGUGACAGGAAAACUUUAACGUAGUAUUCCCACACGUUUCGGGUCCGAGCUGAGGAGUGUUCCCACCGUGAGUUUGAAUUGGUCAUAUUUAUAAUCCUUACUGGGCAGAAGGAGUCACACGUCAUUCUUCACCAGCAGUCCUAAGUCUUAAUUGGAUUCAUAAUUGCUCGUUCGAGUUCAGUUGUGAGAAAAUAAGUUGUUUGUAAAACGAGUUUCCAGCAGGAAGAAGGGACGGAUUUUAAAGCCUUAACUUACAUCACUUGAAUUUAAAUCGCUGCUAACGAGGAAAGCCUCUGGACCUCAGACUACUACACCCCCCCCCCUCAUUCUGUUGUUAAUGUAGGACAUCAGCAUGCGUACAGCUCGUUAAACUACAGAACUGUGUGGACGUACUUUUAAUAUUCAGUGUUUCGGUCUUUUCAAAGCUAUACAAAUGCAUGAAAUCCCAAUUUAAGAAAGACUAAAUCAGCUGAGUUGUAUUUAUGUAUUUUAGUUUAGGUUUUGGUGUCAAAACGUUGUAGAGCACAAGUUUCACACGUGGUUUAUCCUCACAUACGUGCCGUCAUGAAUAACGAGACUUUUAAGGACGAAACUCACGGUACUCUGUGCUUAGUUUUAGACUCAUAUCAACCAAUAAGGACAGGAUGUAUUUUUCUUACCCUUAUUUUGGAACAGACUGUAAAUAAAGGACUGGUGUUUUUCUA